CUCUUGCCAUUUUUCCUCCUCUGAACUUUCAAACAAUUUUCUUCUUUCUUCUUCUUCUUCUUCUUCUUCUUCUUAUUAUUCUCUCACCGUUGUUGUGAAUAUUUGAUGAACAACAAUCACCUGUAAAAAAUUUCUGUAUUUAAAUAUUUUUUAUUUAUUUGUUCAAAAAUGGGUAACGGAGUGAGAAAGUUGAAUCUUUGUUUUGCGGGAGAUGUUGGAGAAAUAUCAAAAAGACAUCAUGAUAUAGCUAUGAACAUAACUGAUCCACUUGAUGAAGGUUUGGGUCAUUCUUUUUGCUAUAUUCGACCCGACCCGUAUUCAAAACCCCACCUGUUUUCCGAUGAUUCGUCUUCUUCUUCCACUACCACCACUAUUUCCAGCGCUAGCAGCUGCCCUACGGCGGCGUUCCGUACAAUCUCCGGCGCCUCCAUCUCUGCUAACACCUCAACGCCUUUGUCAACGGCCAUCGUUGACUUUUCUGCUUACAAUCAUAAUAUUGAUAAAGCUUCAGCUUUUGAGAGUUCUCAGUUUUUUUCAUCCAUUCCUCUUCAGCCAAUCCCAAGAGGUUCAUCAUUUGCAGCUUCUGCUAUUCAUUCAGGCCCGAUUCCGGCCCGUAUUUCUAAUAUGGGCCCUAGCUCGGGCCCGAUCGAGAGGGGAUUCAUGUCAGGCCCGAUUGAGCGGAGCUUCACCUCGGGCCCGUUGGAGAACCAGUAUGAUCAUAUCCAAAGGUACAAACCCAAAUCCAAGAAAUGGGGUUUAAUUAGAAGUUUAAAGAAAGUGUUGUCAAAUUCUUUUUUGAGGUUUAAUAAAGAAAUGAAUUUGGUUGAGAAAAAUAAUAAUAAUAAUAAUAAUGAAGUUAAUGUUCAAGGGAGUAAUAGUCAUCAUAGUAAUGUUGGAAAUAGUUUGAGUAGUCAGAAUAGUUUGGUUGAUGAUGAUGAUGAGGGAAAUGACUCAUUUAGAGGCCAAAAUGUGCAUUGGGCUCAAGGUAAAGCAGGGGAAGACAGAGUACAUGUUGUGAUUUCUGAGGAACAUGGUUGGGUUUUUGUUGGGAUUUAUGAUGGAUUUAAUGGACCUGAUGCUACUGAUUUCCUGUUGAAUAAUCUUUAUUCAAAUGUCUAUAAAGAACUCAAGGGAUUGCUAUGGAAUGAUAAGUUAGAAACCCCCAAGAAUUCGACGAGUAACGAGACAAUUCCAUUAAGAAACUCGGGAUUUAAGGUGGAACAUUUUGUUCAAAAUCAAGAAUUUGAUCAGAAGGAGAAAUUAGAUGGGGUUUUCGGUGUUGACCAUUCUGAUGUAUUGAAGGCUUUAUCUGAAGGGUUAAGGAAAACCGAGGCGUCAUAUUUGGAGAUUGCUGAUAUGAUGGUAAAGGAGAAUCCUGAAUUGGCUUUAAUGGGAUCUUGUGUUUUAGUAAUGUUGCUUAAAGAUCAGGAUGUUUAUUUGUUGAAUGUUGGAGAUAGUAGAGCUGUUUUAGCUCAAAAUCCGGAAUCUGAUAUUUCUAUUAGCAAGUUGAGAAGGAUAAAUGAGCAGAGUGUAAAUAGCAUUGAUGCACUUUAUCGAGCUGAAUCUGAUCGUAAACAUAGUCUAGUUCCUUCUCAACUUACUAAGGAUCAUAGUACAUCGAUUAAAGAGGAAGUAAUUAGGAUUAGAAGCGAGCAUUUGGAUGAUCCUUUCGCGAUUAAAAAUGAUAGAGUGAAAGGUUCCUUGAAAGUUACUCGAGCUUUCGGGGCAGGAUAUCUCAAACAGCCCAAGUGGAAUAAUGCACUUCUAGAGAUGUUCAGAAUUAACUACAUUGGAAAUUCACCUUACAUAAACUGUCUACCAUCACUUUACCACCACACACUUGGUUCAAGAGACAGAUUUUUGAUCUUAUCAUCUGAUGGUCUUUACCAAUACUUCACAAAUGAAGAAGCAGUCUCAGAAGUAGAGACCUUUAUGUCUAUAUUCCCCGAGGGAGAUCCUGCACAACAUCUCGUCGAAGAAGUGUUAUUCAGAGCUGCUAAGAAAGCUGGAUUGAACUUCCAUGAGUUGCUCGAUAUACCUCAAGGAGAUCGUAGGAAGUACCAUGAUGAUGUUUCGAUUAUCAUUUUGUCUUUCGAAGGAAGGAUAUGGAAAUCAUCUUUGUAAAUCAGCUAGACAGAGGAAUUUUGAUAUUUUACCCUCAGGAAAAAAGAAAGUACAUAGAAAAAAUCGAGCUAAUUUUGCUGUUAACCGUUGUUUACCCAAAUUUAGCAGUAGUGUUUAUAGUAUACAGUUUAGGCUGCUCGAUAAAAGAUAGCGAGGCUGAGGUUUCUUGAUCCAGAGAUUGUAAAAUUGUCAAUAAACUUAUGCCUCUCUUUACAUUCAAAUGUCAUUAGAACAUGGUAAGUUUUGUAACAGAUGGUGCUCCUUGUAUACAUUUUGGAGUUCCAUUUCACAAACUUUCACCUCAA